AUGGAAACCCAUGCUAAGUCAAAUGAUGCAAUUACAUUUUUUAAUUUCCGAGAUGAAAUUGUCGAGAAACGUAGGAAGCAACAGGAAAUGAAGCUGGAAUACGAGAAGUAUAAAAUGAUUGAAGAAGAAAGGUUCCGCAAUCGAUUUGCGGACAAAAAGAUCGGCAAUGUUCAGCAAAGUAGUGAUGGCAUUUUGCCAGCUGUACCAAGAAACGAUGUGCUUGUUAGCAGCAAACCCGUUGGUACGAAUCCUGAUGAUUACAUGAAUAUUCUCCUCAAAAAAAUAGAUGACCUUCAAGAAGCAGUAAAUAGCCUUAAGAGUUUUAAAUCACCGAUGGAGUCAGACGAUGAUAAAAUUGGACGUGCACCAUUUACACCAAACUAUCUGGAUUCAUCAAUUCGCAAUGAACGAAAUUUCGACAAUAGAAUGGAUUCUGCAUCACGUGAUAACAUAGUAAAUGACGCUGAAAAGCGCCUUCACGACUUGGAAAGUAUUAUAAGGUCACUGAAGUGCUCUGAUAACUUGGAUCAAGUGGACAACAAAAGAGUGGAUGACUCCAGAGGUAGGAAAAGUUUUGUUGAACUUACAUUUUUAGAGAAAUCAGAUGAUGCAUCUGGACAUGUUCCUGAUUUACUGAGAGAAAGUGCUAUCAGGAGAGGACGUUUCUUAAAUCUAUACGGUUCGUCACAUUCACGAGAACGCUUGAAGAAACUCGAAAAAAACAACUAUGCCAAAGAACUUCAACAGCAAAUUGAAGAACGACAACGACUUAGGGAAUUGCAACGGAAAAAGAGUAUUGAGGAAGAACAACGAAAAGUCGCAGAGAUGCAAACUUAUGAUCAGUUGGGUCAAAAGAUCAGAGACAACGUCCCAAAUCUUGUAGAAAAAUCCGAGACCGAAACACCUAACUUCACUCGUGGAGGCAAUGGAAUAUUUGGUGAACCACUGACAGAAAAGCAAAAGCAGGCUAAUGCAAAAUACCGAGAGCAGCUAAUCCAACAAAUGGAGGAACGAAAGAGACGCGAGGAAGAACUCAAACAGAAGGAGAAAGAAGAGGACAUGGUAGCAGCGAGACAGGUAGCAGAGGACAUUAAAAACAUGGAGGCCAGAGAGACAGUCCGAGAAAAACCGAACCAUUUUCCUGAACUGAAGGAAGCAUCAGAGGUGUUCUCUAAAACGAAAGAUGCGGAGACUAAUAUACGUAAGCGGAGUAUCUGUCUUCAGACCACAUUGGGACAAAAGUCUCUCAGUCAGAAGCCGAAGCCAAUUAAAGUUGUGAGAAAUUCUAUUCCUAAGACCAGUGCAGGAGGCCGAAUCAAGUCUGCCGAGUUGCUUUUACAAAUAAACCAAAUAAAAUUGGAACUAGCUGCAGAAAAGUUGCGCAUUAGGGAAAGCGGGUCGCUGCCUGAGCAGUAUGUUCAGGUGUAUGAUCCGAGAUUCGCAUACCUGCCGAUUUCAGCAACAGGUUUCUUCGAAAACCAAUAUAUGAGCCGACCAAAUAAGGUUUAUCAAGACUUUGCUCCAGUCAGGCGUACAAACUGUAUGCAAUAUGCAAAGCCAAAAGCUCUGACGGGCAUUGACUUUGGCUCUGAGCCACAGCCUGGAUGCACCUUCAACAAAAGCAAUUCCCUGAAUUCAAUUUCAACAUUCCUACCCCACGAUGUAGUGGCCUUGCCUCGCUCACCUUCUGUAGGCUCGCUGAAUUUGGAUAAAAUUAACCUCCUGAAUCAGCAGAGGCUAAAUCGAUUCGAUUCUCACGUUGAUCUGUACAAAAACGAAGAACCAAUUAUACAGGAAUUUAUGGCUCAGGAAGAAUUCCGAAAUACGUGA